CGCCUAUUUAAAAAACAUAAACAUGGCGACGAGUUUGCAAGUGCGGGAGAGGGUGCGACCUUCAAGAAAUUGUGCAAAAAAGACUGACCGCUCGGCGAUUCUGAAGAAACAGGAGGUUAAAGAAAAAGAGAGAAAGGUCAGAGAGGUUCUUGCCAAGCCGGCCAAGCUCCGGACCAAAGAUGACAGAAGGCUGCUGCGGGAGUGCAAGGAUGUAGCCAAGGAGCUAGAACGUCGGGCGCGACUCAAGGAGAUGGUCAAGAGGAAGACACUGGAGGUUGAAGACAGCAGUGAUGUCCUGGAGGCCAAAGUGGAGGAGCUGGUGUCGGCCAUCAAGCGGUCGAAGCACCCAGUGGUCUACACCGGGGCAGGAAUCAGCACGGCAGCUUCCAUACCAGAUUACAGGGGGCCAAGUGGGGUGUGGACCCUCCUACAGAAGGGGCAAGAAGUCAGGACUAAGUCCCUGGUUGAUGCAGACCCGACCUUGACACACAUGGCAAUUACAGAACUGCAGCGACAAGGUGUGGUCCAACAUGUCGUUUCUCAAAACUGUGACGGUCUGCAUCUACGCAGUGGUCUGCCACAGAGGGUGCUGUCUGAGGUCCAUGGCAACAUGUUCAUAGAGGUAUGUACAGAAUGCAAGCCCGAAGUAGAGUACGUCCGUCUGUUUGACGUGACGGAGAGAACGGCUUGCAGACGGCAUUUCACCGGUCGCUUCUGUCAUACCUGCGGGGGACCGCUCAGGGAUUCCAUUGUUCACUUUGGGGAGAAGGGAGCUGUCCAGCAGCCAUUGAACUGGUCUGGUGCUGUCGCCGCUGCCAAGGAAACAGACAUGAUAUUGUGUCUGGGUUCCUCACUUAAGGUCCUGAAGCGAUACACCUGUCUGUGGGGAACAAGCAGAGUGAAGUCCAAGCAACCGAGACUGUACAUCGUUAACUUACAGUGGACACCGAAGGACAAGAUGGCGGUGCUGAAAGUCCAUGGUAAAUGUGACAGUGUGAUGGAAAAAGUUAUGGCCAAGUUGGAAUUGAAGAUACCCAAGUAUAAAAGGUCACAUGAUCCAAUUUUCACCAUGGCGACUCCUCUUCGGAAACAGGAACUGGACACGUUCAGCACCAAAUUAUUGCAACCUCUGCCGGCUACCGGACCAGUCCUGCAGGAACCAGUUCAAACCAGUUCAGGACAGAAGGAACCGGUUACAACUGGUCCCAGCCAUGUCAGUGUGAAUACCAGUGAUUCACUGGUAACCGCGCAGUCUUCUGAUGCUGGGACUGUCAAGGCAGAACUAGCUGCCAAUGCGAAGAGAGAUGAACAUGAAGAAUUGCCUGUUCACAGUGAGCAGGGUCACUCAGCAGCUGUGCUGGCAAAGCCAGGCUGGUUCGGGAAGGGCUACCACAGGAAAGUGACGCGAAGUAGAAAACGGAGAAAAUUGUCUCAAGAUUCUGCGUAGUUAGUUGUUCACAAGCACAAUGGAUAGAGGAAAAAUGAUGGAAAGACUAUAUGAUUGUAAAAUUUUAGCUGCACAUAUUUCAGUUUUAUACAGUUAUUCCUUUUUGUCUUCUGCAAAGAGCAGUAUGCACAAAUGAUAGAAAGGUGAGACCAAAGUUUGUUACAUGUAUUUUCAUUGGGCCUUUGGAAAUGGCAUUGUUACAGGCUGUAGCUAUCAGCCCUCUCAUACUUCUGACCAGCAUAAUUUAGUCGCAGCCACAUGGUCUGAAACCAGAGACUCAGGACUAGGGUGGAUUGUCGGAGAUGUUUCUUUCUGUGGAAGGGAGCUACUCGGAAUCUCACUGGUUUACUGGGUUAAUUUAUGAACUGUAUUUAGGAAAGUAUAACAAUGCAGUGUCACUAUAACAGAUCUAUCAGUAAUUUAGGAAGUAACAAAGGAGUCAAGUUUAAAAAUGCUACACGUGGGAACGAAUGUUUUAUCCCGAUAGCACAGUGAAAUUGGUUAACAAUACAAGCUACAGAGGGAUUCCAAUCAGUGCAAACAUAGCAAUCAGCAAGAUCUUAGUAAAGUAAUUUCUUCGUGUGAUGAACUGCAAGGAUUUGACUAAUUUUAAUUGUUCGUUACGACUCUGCAUUCUUUCCUCAAAUCAGCCAUUACAUUUUUGAGACGUUUGUCUUGUUUCUUGUAAUGCCUGACACAAGCUUUCUUUUUAAGGUUUUGCCACCUUUCGGGGCCUAUCAUCUCAUACACUGUUAGUACUUUAAUAUAUUUUGCCAUGAGAAGGAAGUGAAUGUAAUUGAAUUGGUCUCUAGAAUCUGUCAAGUUGCACAUCACGACACAUUAAUCUCACCGUGGAACACAUCCAAACACCUCACACAUGCAUGGUACGUUAAAAACUUGUCUCCUCAAAAUUUAUUUCAUAAACUUGUCUUCCAAGCAUUGACUAAUCUCUGAGAUUACAAUUACAACAUGAUACAUGACUCCGCACAGUUAAGUGCUCGGCAUGAGGCGAUGAUACCGGACUCAACUAGAGACGAGACAGUGUGCUGCAUCUUCACAGACUGGAGUUUAUGCUCGUGGCUGGUAUCAUUUUGUAACACCAUUUCUUUCCUUCUAUAAGUUAAUACAGAACCACCGAAUUAGUGUCAAUGCCAACAGCAGUUAAAUUAAUUUAAUAUGAUAUGUUUACAAAUUUAACCAAAUUUCAUUGUGGGUACAUCAUUUCCUAAUACUGGCAAAUGUACGUGAAUUAAGUGAGCAAGUUAAAGAUAAUCAGAUUUCAUGGUUGUUACAUGGUAAUUUUUGUAUCUUUUUUUUUUCCUUUUACUGGUGGAUGGAAAACUUACACAGAGGUAUUGCAUUCUUGAAGAUGGAUAUGUAGUUAGAUUUCCAUUCACAUGUGGAGUAAAUAUGCAUCAUAAAUAAACAAAGGACAAAUACAUUGCGUAACAAGA